AGUACCGUACGUAUCUUUUGGUUGCUACAGGGCUUCUUUCAUUCAACUAUUCAAAAUUUGGUCUAUCCUCGAACAGAAGCGAAGUAGAAUGACCUUGUCGAAAACGCUCGCUGUUUCMAUUGGUUUUGUGUUUCACCUCCUCUUGAUGCUUGUAUCGGGCACCGUCCAUCCAACGAUGCAGAGAGCUUCAUCGCUUGUUCGAACCGUGGCGGUCGUCGGUGGCACGCACGGAAACGAGUACACGGGGGUAUUCUGUGUCAAGGCCCUCGAGCGGCAGCUAUCGAAAGGAAACGCCAGCGCAAGCUAUCCGUUUCAGAUUUCGACGCUAAUCGGAAAUCCCGAGGCGUUCAAAGCGAACAAACGGUUCGUCGAUCAGGAUUUGAACCGGCAAUUCUCUGGAGCAGCUAUGGCUGCUGCAAAGGCCUCGCUUCCUAGUGCCUUGUCGGUGGAGCAACGACGAGCAAUAGAAAUCGACGACUUGCUGGGGCCAAAGUUUGGCGGCAGCGGAGAUGAGGGCACAAAUAAGCCCCCUGCCAUGGAUUUCAUCAUCGACCUGCACACAACGACUUCAAACAUGCACACAUCCCUGAUUGUCGGCCAAGGCGACCCCCUUACGACGCAAGCGGCGGCGUACGUCAUGCAUAAGUGUCGUGAAAAGAACUUCAACGUGUGCAUUAUGAUGCACACCCAUAAAAAUCAGGAAGCACGUCCGAACCUCGCCACCAUUGCGCCGCACUCGUUUACGAUCGAAAUUGGUCCCGUGAGUUCAGAAUUGGUUUCGUGUCUUAUCGAACCGACGAUGCCUGUUUCUGUGUGGUGAUGCUGAUCGAAAGCUGACGACGAGAUUUACCUCUAUGUGCCACGAUCCUUUGGGUCAUGGCUUGGCAGGUUUUCGCAGCGCAUCAUAAUUUCCAGCUGUUGUGAAAUGUUUGCCAUUCGUUAUACUGUAUUACUGACUGACCUUUUUUACUUGUUUUUAUCUUGUCUUUUUGGCGUUCCUUGAUUUGAAUUGAACUCGUAAUCGUUGUCCGUUCCUCGCCUUGCAAACAAAGGUUCCGCAAGGGGUCCUGCGACAUGACAAAGUGGAAGAAAUGCAAGCAGCCUUGAACAGUGCUUUGGAGUUUUUGAAACGACACGAAAAAGAACCAGAAAAGCUUUUGGACGAACUCAAGGAGUGCUAUCCCACCGGAAGAAUCCCAUGUUAUCGGUCUGCGGCGGCCAUAAGGAAGGGUGAAAUGUCCGCCAAACUGGUGUGGCCGUCGGAUCCAGACAACGAGAACUUCCCGCAAUGGCUGGUGCACAAGGAUGUACAGGACCAAGAUUUCAAAGAGAUCAAGACAGGCGAUCCUCUCUUUGUCGAUUUAGAUGGAGAAGUAAUACCAUACGAUGGAUCUCACGGGUCUCCAAUCCUCGUGAUGUUCGUCAAUGAGGGAGGAUAUUACUAUGCAAGCAGUGGAACUGGAAUAUCGAUUGCGCAGAGGGAUGAAUUUGAUUUGGCAACGGGGACACUCAUCCCAAAAAACAAUUCAGAUACAAAAUAAUAAGCAGGUGUACCCAGCUACAUAUCUUGGAAUAUGAAUACGACUUAUAGAUUUGAUUCGUUGACUGAAAUCAAGAAUAGCAAGCUUC